UGUAUGGUACACACCAACGUAACUUUAUUCAAGCGAGACUAAUUAUGUGGUCAAACGGCCAAUUUCCUGUUCUAUAUGCGAUAGAAUCUUGUGCACAAGACUUGCGGGCCUCUUCCAUAGUCCAUUGUGCAUAAAGCAUGGCCACAGAAUUUGGUAGCACAAAAUUUGAUGAAUGGGUUAUUUUCAAAGGGUUGAAUGUAUUGUAAUCUACCGCUACCGGACGUAAGAAAAUCCAUCGGUGCAGUAAUAUAGGCCUAUAGGCUAUACAGCCGCGCAUAAUUAUUAUCUACCACCGAUAUAUUGGGGGCAAUGAAUCUAUCAGGCGUAUAGGUCGAUAUCUGAGUGCUUAUCUGAGAUAGACAUAUUUGGUGUACAUGCAGAUAAGACUAAAACAAUGGAGUUCGUGACGACAACACAGAUUUUUCUCGGAAUAGCUGCUGCCGCUUUAACAUUUGUAUGGAUACGCCGAUACCGAAAACAACCGUCAUCACAUCCUCCACCGCCUGGCCCAACCACUCUCAGUAUCUUCUUGAAUGACCUUUGGCGCAUCCUAUCACGCUCCAAACCACCUAACCUCAUCGAGCUUGUGACAGGAUUACGACGACAGUACGGUGAUAUCUACUCAGUGUCAAAGGGCAAAAAAUUGCUGGUGAUUCUGAGUGAUCCUGAGAUGGUGAAAGAACUCUUUGUGAAGCAAGCUGAGAUUACAUCGGGAAGAGAUACUGCACCUCUAGCACAUGUUGCAUUCAGAGAUAAAGGUAGCAUUAUUUUUGAAGAGGGAAAAUCAUGGAGUGAUAUGCGGCGCUUCUUUCUUCUUGUUUUCCGCAAAUUUGGCAUGGGGAAGAGGAGUGCUGGAGAUCGGGUCAACGAAGAGGCUCGGGUUCUUUGUAAGGAAUUCAUUCUGGCAGAAGGCAAGCCAUUCGAUCCAUUCCGAACCGUCAACUAUGCCGUGGCCAACAUCAUUCGGUCGAUCACAGCUGGUCAGCGCUUCGAGUAUUCCAAUGGUAGGUUUCAACAGAUGGUGCAGCUCAUUACCGACGUCCUCGGUGCCGAGAACUUUUACGGGCCUUUAGAGAUGAUGCCAUGGUUGUACUUUACUCCACUCUUCACGAAGGAACGCAACAUGUGCAACGCGCUGAUAGGCUUAAUGAAGCAGGAGGUUGUUGAGCAUCGUGAGACAGUGGACGUCGAUAAUCCAAGGGAUGUCAUUGACAUGUGUUUAGCCGAGAUCGACCGGGCCAAAGAUGCAGGAGAGGAGACCUUUUUUGAUGAGUCACUCCUUUGGAGAACACUCCUCGACAUCUACUUGGCUGGAACCGAGACUGUUGCAACCACGCUGACGUGGGCCAUGCUGUAUAUGGCAGGGUAUCCAGAUAUCCAGGAAAAGGUCUGCCAAGAAAUCGACGACGUCAUCGGUCAUGAAGGCACACCUCACUAUGACGACCGCACCAGGAUGCCUUAUACAGAAGCAACCAUUGCCGAACUUCUCCGAAUCCGUCCGAUCGCGCCCCUUGGCAUUCCACACAUUAACACAGAAAGCAUCGUGUUCCGAGGCUACCUCCUUCCUGAGCGUUCCAUUAUAAUGAUGAAUAUGGUAGGCAUGCAUCUAGAUCCGGAGUUGUGGCCCGACCCCGAGUCCUUUGACCCGACUAGAUUUUUAAGUGAAGAUGGGAAGGCGACCAAGAAGCCAGAGGGGCACAUGCCUUUUGGAGCAGGACGGAGGAUAUGCCUUGGAGAGCAACUUGCCAAGGUUGAAUUGUUCUUGUUCUUCACCAACCUGCUUCAAAAGUUUACCUUCAGAAUACCCGACGGCGUCCUUCCCGACUAUGGAUUCGGACAUCGCACGUCCACACUUGCUCCUAAGAAAUUCGACAUCGUCGCUAGCCUGCGUUGAUCUGCCACAUUAACCAUCUCCAAUAAUGAUUGUUUUAUUCAUUUUAUUUGUGUUAUUUAUUUCAUUUCAUUCAUGAUUUUUUUCAACAGGGUAGUUUCAUUCAUGCAGUUCCAUUGAAAGCCAGUGGACCUGCUUUUCAAGAAAGCCUUGCAUAGUACAAUAACAGUUUAAAUGGUACUUUUGGAGUCACCGAGGCCAAUAGUUUAACCAGUACCUCGAAUAGAAGGCAUGGUAUAUUUGUUUUUAUCCUGCAUCAAAAA